AUGGCCGCACAAACCUAUAAAUCUGUCCACCUCGCCGAACGACCGACAAACCAAAUCGAGCCCUCAACUUUCACCAUCAAAGAGAACAAGACCUCCUCCCUGCCCGCCCUCGAAGAUGGCCAAGUCCUCUACCAACCCAACUACCUCUCCCUCGACCCGGCCAUGCGCGGCUGGCUGAACGACACGCGCUCCUACAUCCCGCCGGUAAAGAUCGGCGCCAUCAUGCGCGGCAACGGCGUGGGCAAGAUCCUCGCGAGCAAAAGCCCCAAGUUCUCGCCCGGCGACAUCGUCUCCGCCGACUCCGGCUGGACGGAGCUCGCCGUGCUUAAAGACGACCUCGUCCAACCCAUCGACCUCCCGCCCAACGGCCGCAUGACCGACUCCCUCGGCGUCAUCGGCAUGACCGGCCUGACCGCGUACUUCGGGAUCCUUGACGUCGGACAGGUCAAAGAAGGCGACUUCGUCGUCGUGUCGGGGGCGGCGGGCGCGACGGGGACCGUCGUGGGCCAGAUCGCCAAGCUCAAGGGCGCGCGGGUGCUCGGGCUCGCGGGCACCGACGAGAAGUGCCGGUGGCUGGUGGAGGAGCUGGGCUUCGACGCGGCGCUGAACUACAAAUCGGCGAGUUUCGCCGCCGACUUCCGCGCCGCGACCAAGUCCCUCAUCGACGUCUUCUUCGACAACGUCGGCGGGGAGAUCCUCGACAUGGCGCUCGCCCGCGCCAAACCUUUCGCCCGCUUCGUCAUCUGCGGAGGCAUUUCUCAGUAUAACACCAAGGAGGCGAAGGGCCCGAAGAAUUACCUCAUGAUUAUCUCCAUGAGGAUUCGCAUGCAGGGUUUCAUUGUCUUUGAUUAUGCGAAGAAGUACGAUGAGGCCAGGAGGGAGUUGACGAAGUGGUUGGCCGAGGGCAAGAUUAAGCGUCAAGAGACGAUCAUCAAGGGCGGGAUUGAGAAGAUGCCAGAGGCGUUGAGGGCGUUGUAUGAUGGUGUCAACACUGGAAAAUUGCUCGUCGAAGUUCUUCCGCCGUCAGAGGAUCGCUCGAGACUAUGA